AUGGGAGAAAUUCGAUCCAAAUGCAAGAUCAGUUUGCAAUGUUCCUGCGUCUGUGUUAUGGUCAUUGAAGCUUUAGCCGUCUCUCAUGGAAUAGUUUUUUCAAUUGCCAAUUUGAUCCAAGGGAAAGAUCAUUAUGAAGAUAUUUAUGGAUAUUUUUCUCAAAUUAUACUCUUCGAUUAUUUAUUUCCACUAACUAUAAUUCAGAUUUUAUGGGUUACAACCAAUAUAUUAGCUUUAUUGGCUAUCAAAUUUACUAUUCCAUAUCUCAUACUACCUUAUUCGGUCAUGUCAGCUGUUGCACUCGGAGUUGUUUUCCUUUUCUUAGUAUUUGUCGUUGAACAAUUGGUUACGAGGCCAGAGUGGUCAUGGCCGGGACCAGUUCUUGUACUUAUCUUUACCCUUUUCAUUAUUCUUCAGAUGUACUUUAGUGGUAUCAGAAUUCGUUGUUUCCGUUAUCUUGUCAAAAGAAAAAAAGCUGUACAAGGAACAGCUGAGGAAAAGCCGAAUGUUGCUGAUAGCGAUAAGUUUCAUUCGUUCAGUCGUCGAUCAACCAUUAUCAUAACCGAUGAAGGUUAUGAGCCCCCUCCGAAGAUCUGA